AUGCCCCAGCCCCUGUUUGCAGGCCUGGCGGACGUGUCCAUAUCUGAGGACAUCCCGGUGGAAGGGGAGAUCACGGUUCCCGUGGGGUCCCAUUCCCCGGAGGAAGAUUUCUCCACGCUGGAUGAACCCGUCAGGGACACCAUUCUGAGAGAUCUGAAGGCUGUUGGGAAGAAAUUUGUCCAUGUCAUGUAUCCAAAGAAGAGCAGCGCGCUCCUCAGAGACUGGGAUCUUUGGGGGCCUUUGGUGCUUUGUGUCUCACUUGCUCUGAUGCUGCAGGGGGGAUCAGCAGAUAGCAAGGAAGACGGAGGGCCCCAGUUUGCUGAGGUCUUUGUCAUCAUCUGGUUUGGUGCAGUUGUCAUCACACUAAACUCAAAGCUUCUGGGAGGAACCAUAUCUUUUUUUCAGAGCCUGUGUGUUCUGGGUUACUGCGUCCUGCCCCUGACGGUGGCGAUGCUGGUGUGCAGGCUGGUGCUGCUGGCAGGUUCUGGCACUGUCAGCUUCAUUAUACGCCUGAUUGUAGUGAUUGCUAUGUUUGCUUGGUCAACGUUAGCAUCUACAGCCUUCCUGGCAGACAGCCAGCCUCCGCACCGCAAGGCGCUCGUGGUGUACCCCAUCUUCCUCUUCUACUUCGUUAUCAGCUGGAUGAUUCUCACCUUUACACCUCAGUGAUGUCCGAUCAGAAGAGACUGUGUGACACAGCCUGAAGUUGUACCUGAGCUGCAGCUGAUCGUUGGCUUUAUCUCUUGUUAAUUUAUGGAUGGAGAUGGUCUAAAAAGGCUGCUUACGGGAUAAAGCCAGAGAACUGCAAGGCUGGUCGCGUGUUCUUGAGAGAUAUGGAAGUCCAGCUACUGAGUUUUUUGUUUAAUUAGCCCUGCUCUUUAGUUGUGUUGAAUAAGAAAUGCACACUGUGACAGGGAAUAUUCUGCCUGAGGAAUAGAGGGAGAGAUCUUGGAACUUCAGGAGUUUGAUGGGUGAGGUUACAGGAUCGCACUGCCUGGCGGGGUUCUUGCUUACGCUCGGAUUCUUGCUCAGGGGGAAAUGCCUUACAUUACUGUUAUGUGUCGGGUGGGUAAGGAAGAAUUUGUUUGAUUCCUGUCCUUUUUCAUUCACUUACAGAGUGGUGAAAUGUAUAUAAAAUGCAUCAUAGGACUGUAAGCUUUCACUUUGAAAUCAGAUCUCAGCAAAAAAUAAGUCAGGUCCAGUUUGCUGUUAACUGGAGCUGGGCAGAAGAGAACUGACUGCCUUUGCUCCUAUUAACAUUCCCUGUAUUUAUGUUUUGCCCUCUUCAGCAUCAAGAAAGUGUGUUUUAGCCAAAUGUUUCCAACUGUAUGGCUGUGCUGACUAAUCCAUACAUCCAAUGGAGGGGUGCUUAAGUAGAUAAUUAUAAAUCUUUUUGUGUUCCUCUAGAUUAAGAAGUCCUGGGAAAACAGUGAAGGCUGCUUUGCAGCAGGGGCCUACCUAGUACUCUACUACUGAUUAAAAGUGGAAGUAGAAGUGUCUGGGGAGUACAGAACGUAUCCCCUAAAAAUAAUUGAGAAGCUGAGAGUGGAGGUGUUCAGAUGGUAAGAUAGCCAAACAGGGCGUGGGUCCAAAAGUUAUGAAGUGGGUUGAUUGGAGGAAGGAAAAUAAAUCUAAUGAAGAUGGUGGCUGUUAUGAAAUGGGAUACAAAUUCUGAUCUAGAUUGCUUGUACGUGACAUUCAUUUGUUUGUUUACAUGCUUGGUGUUUCCACAUAAAUGCAAGCAAAUUUGCAUAUUGUUCCUUUGUACCUAAAAUGAAAUGUGAGAAACUUUUCUAUAUUUCUCAACACUUUUUAUAAAAGGAGAGGGAGAGGUUUUCUUCUCCAGUAGGACAUCUCCUGCCUGGAGAGCCAUGCACAAACGUGUGUCAUUUCUAUUUCAGCUUAGGGAUUGAAUGAGAGCUGGCACGUUGGUUGCUGAAGAUUGUACACAAGUUCUUUGUGUUGCCUGCUGUUCUCAGUAAGCAGCCCGAGGGGGGUUUGGGGGUGGAAAAGCUGCUGUUAAAAUGUUCUUUUUUUUUUUUUUUUCUUUUCUGAAAAUGGGCUUUGGGUUUUCUUUCUUCUGUACUAAUGCAGAUGGACCCAAAGCUGACUAAGUGGGUCCUGUUAAAGUGUAAAUACACCUAAUUUAUAUUUGUGGAGAAGACUGUUUUCUGCUGUAAACACUACAAAUACUUGGUAAUUGGGAUGGGAUUGUUAAAUAUGCAGCCCGACCUGACGUUGUUGCACUUCUGAGAGGGUGGAGAAGAGGAAAGGAAGAAGUCAGGUCAGUGUGGGAGCUCUGGGCUGUCGCAGAGCAGGCAGCAGCAGACGUGGGGCUGAGAGCAGCUGUGUGCCUGCUGGGCUGCGUGUGCUGCAGGAGCUGUGGGGUUCCGUACACCUCAGUGUCAAAUGAAGAUGGGAAUUCUUUUAAACGUCCAUUAAAUUAUUACUGUUAAGUAAU